AUGCCACCAGGAGAAGAUGACAGUCAUGCCGUAACCUCCCUCACUAUCAUCAUAGCACUCGUCAUCAUACUGCUUAGUUGGCUCUGGAACAAGUCAGACGAUGGGAUACCAACUAUCAACUCAUACCCUUGGUAUUUGGGGCAGAAAAGGGCACACCAGGAAUACCUCUCGAAUUCUAGAAACUUGAUCAAGGAGGGUAUUAAGAAGUUCGACGGGCCGUUUCGAAUAAUAACUGCCUUGGGGUCUCGUGUGAUAGUUCCUGCGUCUUAUACAGAAUGGCUGAAGAACUGUCUGGAUUUAGACCAUCAGGCCCUUGUUCAUCAUGAAUAUUUUGGGGGAUACCCGGGGAUGGAAGGGAUUGGGAUGGUUGCUGAUCCCCGGAACAUCGUCGUUGACGUUACCAGGAAGAAGCUGAAUCAAAGUAGCCCAGAAUGUAAGCUAAUGCAAGAGCAUAUCAUGGAGUCUUUGGAAGAUAUUUGGGGUCACGAUAAUGUCUGGGACACUGUUGACUGGCCGCAGAAUGCAGUCAGCUUCAUUGCACGAAUGUCAUCAGCAGUGUUUUCUGGUCCUGAGUUGUCUCGAGACCCGGAGUGGCAGAAUCUCAUAAUAACUUAUACCUUCAAUACCUUCAUGGGAGUGAGAGCGCUCCGUUCAUACCCAUCAUUCCUCCACCCAUUUGCCCGUUGGUUACUCCCUGAAUGCAGAAAAUGUCAAGCACAAGUCCGUCAAGCACGCCAAAUUCUGGACCCGAUAAUUCAAUCCAGGAAUAAGACUGAGGGGUCGUCGGCAAAGGAAGAAAAGGCUGGAGUUUAUAACGACACGUUCCAAUGGCUUACAGAUGUAGCUGCCGGUCGACCGUUUGACCACGCUGCGGCCCAGCUGGCCUUCGCGGUAAGUGCACUGCAUACAACCACUGAACUACUCAAACAGACAUUAUUGGACGUUUGUACCCAUCCAGAACUCAUCCAGCCAAUACGGGAUGAAGUGACAGAAGCAGUUAGUCAAGACGGGUGGACAACUGCCGGCCUUUUCAAAAUGCAGCUUCUCGACAGUGUGAUCAAGGAGAGCCAACGGCUCAAGCCUGGAUUGUUAGUGAACCUCGAACGAAAAGCUCUCUGUGAUGUUACCCUUCCUAAUGGGAAGAAGUUGCCCAAGGGAACCAACAUUGCUGUUGAUUCUUCCAUGAUGUGGGACCCGGAAAUAUAUCCAGAUCCGACUGUUUACGAUGGAUAUCGGUUUCUCCGUCUACGGCAAUCUGGAAAUGGCGCUGCGGCGUUAGUGUCCACGAGUCGAGGACAUAUUGCUUUCGGAGCUGGAAAGUCCAUCUGUCCUGGCAGGUUUUUUGCCGCAAACGAGAUUAAGGUUGCAUUGGCGAACAUUUUAAUGAACUAUGAAGUGAAAAUCGCGGGUGAUCAUGACCCAAAAGUUGUCGAAAUGGGGUUUGAAAUGCUUAGUGAUCCAGAGGCGAAGCUGAUGGUUAGGAGACAUAUUAAGUUGAUCACAUUGCCGGAUACUUGA